UAUUGGGCAUCCCUGAAACUCGAGGACCCGCCCCUGGAGUGGUUUGUGAAUGGGGGGAGGGGAGGGGGUGGGGCAGCCCGGAACCCCGCGAUCCCGACGCUUCUUCUGGCGAGUUGCGCGGCUCCGAGGCGUUACUCUGCGCUUUCUCCAGGCCGGCGGCGGUGGCGGCGGUGGAGGGCCCCCGGACCCACGGGCCAGAGCUGCGCGGGGCUGAAAAGGCCAGGCCCAGGCCGCGGGCACUCGGACCUCGCAGCUUCGGACGCGGCGCAACUGGAUAUCGAAAAAGAACUCGCUGAGCUCUUGGUUCCUAGGCACCGGCCGGACUCAGACCGAGAAUCAGCCGUUUGGCUGAAACUUGGAGCUGAAGAAGGAGCGGGGAGUGUUGAAGAAGGCGAAGAAGGAGGCGGCGGCCAGCGGAGGGGAGGAGGCGGAGCAGCACCGCCGAGGCGGCGGCCUCAGUUAGCAGUCGGCGACGCCGGGCUCUCCCCUGCGGGGGGCUGGACUUGGUGUGGGGGGCGCGCGCGUUGCUGUGCGCUGUGGGUCGGAAGACUUGGGCAAACUUUCAAAGGUAGUAACUGGAGACGCUUGUUGCUCCUCGCCGCAGAAAAAGCCGCACCGUUACGUCGCGGGAGGAGGAGAAGGCGGCGCCCCUGGCCCAAGCCAAGGAGUUUGGGCCCCCGGCGGCCGCUCGACUGCUGGGUGGAGGCGGCUGCGGCGCCCCCGCGGCGCAGGCACCUCAGCUGCAGCGCCCUCGGCUCUGCGCCGCCCACGGCCCGGCCCCGGCGCCGGGAGGACUCUCAUGAGCCCGGCGCGGUGGCGCCUCCCGGGAUCCAAGCCUCUCUUGGCUGCCUUGUCGCGCUUCUCCAGCUGAGAGCGCCGCUGCACCCACGACCUGUGAUGCGGGGGCCCGGCGCGGCCAUGCCGCGCUCUCUCGUGGGCCUAUGCACCUUGGUGCUUGCGCUACUAGGCGCGCUGGUGCCUGCGGGCGCCGGGGCGCAGCCAUACCACGGCGAAAAGGGCAUCUCGGUGCCGGACCACGGUUUCUGCCAGCUCAUCUCCAUCCCGCUGUGCACGGACAUCGCCUACAACCAGACCAUCCUGCCCAACCUGCUGGGUCACACCAACCAAGAGGACGCGGGCCUCGAGGUGCACCAGUUCUACCCGCUGGUGAAGGUGCAGUGUUCUCCCGAGCUGCGCUUCUUCCUGUGCUCCAUGUACGCACCCGUGUGCACCGUGCUGGACAAGGCCAUCCCGCCGUGCCGCUCUCUGUGUGAGCGAGCCCGCCAGGGCUGCGAAGCGCUCAUGAAUAAGUUCGGCUUCCAGUGGCCAGAGCGGCUGCGCUGCGAGAACUUCCCGGUGCAUGGUGCCGGUGAGAUCUGCGUCGGCCAGAACACGUCCGACGGCUCCGGGAGCCCGGGCGGCGGCCCUACCGCCUACCCCACCGCGCCCUACAUGCCGGACCUGCCCUUCACUGCGGUGCCCCCGGGGGCCGCUGAUGGCCGGGGCCGUACCACCUUUCCCUUUUCGUGCCCCCGCCAACUCAAGGUCCCCCCCUACCUGGGCUACCGCUUCCUGGGCGAGCGCGACUGCGGGGCCCCGUGCGAGCCUGGCCGCGCCAACGGCCUCAUGUACUUUAAAGAAGAAGAGAGGCGCUUCGCCCGCCUGUGGGUGGGCGUGUGGUCGGUGCUUUGCUGUGCCUCCACGCUCUUCACUGUUCUCACCUAUCUAGUGGACAUGCGGCGCUUCAGCUACCCCGAGCGGCCCAUCAUCUUCCUGUCGGGCUGCUAUUUCAUGGUAGCGGUGGCGCACGUGGCCGGCUUCCUCCUGGAGGACCGUGCUGUGUGCGUGGAGCGCUUCUCAGAUGACGGCUACCGCACGGUGGCGCAGGGCACCAAGAAGGAGGGCUGCACCAUCCUCUUCAUGGUCCUCUACUUUUUCGGCAUGGCCAGUUCCAUCUGGUGGGUCAUCCUGUCGCUCACUUGGUUCCUGGCGGCCGGCAUGAAGUGGGGUCACGAGGCCAUCGAGGCCAACUCGCAGUACUUCCACCUGGCGGCGUGGGCGGUGCCCGCAGUCAAGACCAUCACUAUCCUGGCCAUGGGCCAGGUGGACGGGGACCUGCUCAGUGGGGUGUGCUACGUGGGCCUGUCCAGCGUGGACGCGCUGCGGGGCUUCGUGCUGGCUCCCCUGUUCGUCUACCUCUUCAUCGGCACGUCCUUCCUGCUGGCCGGCUUCGUGUCGCUCUUCCGCAUCCGCACCAUCAUGAAGCACGACGGCACCAAGACCGAGAAACUGGAGAAGCUCAUGGUGCGCAUCGGCGUCUUCAGCGUGCUCUAUACGGUGCCGGCUACCAUCGUCCUGGCCUGCUACUUCUACGAGCAGGCCUUCCGCGAACACUGGGAGCGCACCUGGCUCCUACAGACGUGCAAGAGCUACGCGGUGCCCUGCCCGCCCGGCCAUUUCCCGCCCAUGAGCCCCGACUUCACCGUCUUCAUGAUCAAAUACCUGAUGACCAUGAUCGUGGGCAUCACAACUGGCUUCUGGAUCUGGUCCGGCAAGACCCUGCAGUCUUGGCGCCGCUUCUACCACAGACUCAGCCACAGCAGCAAGGGGGAGACUGCGGUAUGAGCCCCGGCCCUUCCCCCACCCUCCCUUCCUCCACUCUCCCACCGAGGGAAAGGCGCGGUAGGGAAAGAACUUCGGGGUGGAGGGCUUGUUUCUGUAACCCCCUCCCCCUCCAAUGAGAGGUGACUUCGAAGUGAGAAAACUUAAUGUAGACGUGAGACGAGUUGGGAUAGGGUUGGGAUAGGAGGCCUGAGUGGAAAGAUGGGUCGGGUGAAAAGACUUUUGGCAAAGACUUGCAGGAUAAUGGUAAUGAAACUAACAAUGAUGGUGUUUAUCAUGUACGGUACGGACCGACCUGGCCUCUGGAGAAGAGAAGAUUGCUCUGAGUCCUUCCCAGAUCCGGCUGAACUGGGACUGGGAGCGAUUCCCCUGCUGCAAGACAAGUGGCCUGUCUUCAGUCCUGUGAGGCCCGGGUGAAAGGUACAGCUCUGUCUGCAGCGGCUGCUUUGUUGGAAAAAGGGAGGACUCCCUGCGGUGCCCUUGUCAAGCGGUGGUCAAACCAUAAUCUCUUUUCACUGGGGCCAAACUGGAGCCCAGAUGGGUUAAUUUCCAGGGUCAGACAGUACAGUCUCUCCUCCCCUGCCCCCUCCCGCCUGGUUCGC